AUGCCUGUGAACACCACAGAAGCUGCUCUUCUUGUUUCAAUUCAAAUAACUGUGAGUUCAAGCAAGUUAAAACUAAUUAUGUAUCUUUAUCUUUGUACUCAAAAAAAGUCCUGCUCAACAGAAUAUCCCCAGCGCAUUUCACUGCCUAUGUUCAUUUGCCGCUACUGCUGCCAGGAAGCCUGUGCUAACUCUCUUUGCCUCAAUUUUACUGUUAAAUCUCUUUUUAAACCUUCACAGCCCAGAUACAAAGUACAGACCUCAAUAGAUAAGACUUCUUUCCUUAAGUGUGACAGUGACAAUGACAAGGGAAACCCUUUGGGUCUCCCAAGAGAGAAGGUAAAUAGCACCAAAGCAUGGAGAGAAUUGCAUCAAAUGCUGGGAGACAUAGGGAAAAAACUCAGGAUGAUUCUACUGAACAUCAAUCUUGAGAAAAACAAGAUCAUGGCCAGAGAGAUAAAGGAGGUGUGGGCGAAUGACCAGGAACUCAUACAGUAUUUCAGGAAGAUCCUCAUAAGAGACUGCAAUCACUGGCUGAAAAACUUCUUACAGCACCAGGGGAAGAAGUGCCAGGUAGUUAACCGAGUUAACUGA